AUGGCUGUUGCUGCUGCUGAAGAAGAUGCUGAUCCAGAACCUGAAGGAGAUGCUGAUCCAGAACCUGAGGGAGAAAGUGAUCCAGAACCUGACGGUGAAAGUGAUCCUGUAGAAGAAGAAGAAGAUGAUGAUUAUCAGUUUGAAGCUGCCUUCAUUUAUGGCCCUGCUAGACUGGUUGAUUACAGCUCCGAUGAAUCCUUUGUUGUCUGA